GUAAGAAAAGGAGUUUGGUAUCCUUGAAAAACCAAGCUGGCAUUGCUAGUCUACAUGUUCAUUAAACCAACUCCAACAGCCAGGAAAAUGGCAGUGCUGAGGACAUUGGUAGGUUUGGCUGCCACAGCCAUGCUCAUCCAGUUAGCCAUGGCGGCAAAUUACACAGUUGGAGGUCCAACUGGAAGCUGGGAUUCGAGCACUGACCUGCAAACUUGGGUUGCAUCGCAAAAAUUUGUAGUAGGCGAUAAUCUCAUUUUCCAGUACACUCCAAACCAUGAUGUGCUUGAAGUUAGAAAGGCAGACUAUGACUCCUGCCAGACAAGUAGCCCAAUUCAGACGUAUAACAAUGGCAACACAGUCAUAUCUCUCUCUUCUCCAGGAAAGCGAUACUUCAUCUGUGGAACCCCCGGACACUGUAGCCAAGGAAUGCAGAUUGAAAUAGACACCCUAGCAACAUCUACACCACCAGCAACAACUCCUUCAACUCCACCAUCUGCUUCUCCAGCUCCAGAAACUUCUCCCUCGCCAGCAAAAUCCCCAAAGUCAGCUCCUGGCAGUCCAUCAUCCCCUGAUGUUCCUUCAACUGAAUCUCCUGGAACCUCUCCUUCUCCCAGUGGCCUUUCACCACCACCAUCUCCCUCAUCAGCUAACAGAAGCAGUUUCCAGACAAGCCUCACAUUGGGAUUUGGCCUUGUGCUGAUGAUGCUUUUGGCCCUCUAAGCCUCUGAAGGUUCUUUUCUUUGAAAGAAUCUUCAAAUGGUUUUAUCUUUUUGAAAAUUUUUCUGUUCUCUAGACUCUACUCUGUAACACUCAAUUGUCUGGCUUAUUUGUGAAAUAGAAUCUUAUACUGCAUCAUUUUGCAAACAACAUUGUUGUUGAGCAC